AUGGCUGUGCUCCCCGCUGCUCCCCGACAUCCAGGUCCGCCACGGUCCGUCGGUCUCUGUCACGACAGUGUCGGGUCAUGUCACUCGACCUCGCCUCCGAAUUCAACCUCAACACAAGCCAUGUCGUCAGGAUUCAGCUGGGGUGGAGGACGUUCUAGGUGCUUCACUUACUGGCAGGAAUUCCAGAAAUGUUACGCCCAAACGGACAACCCGCAAGAGUGCCGUCCUCAUAGCAAUGACUACCUAGAAUGCCUGCACCACCACAAGGAGAUUAAGCGUGCUGAAGCCAUUCGGGAAGAACUCGACCGCCAGGUUGAGAAACAUCACAAAGAGCAGGCGAAAGCCUCACAUCUCGCUUCCGGAGGAGCUGUCGCUGGUGUUGGUCUGAUACAGAAAGGAAAGGAGGAGGAGGCGAAGUAA